AUGGCGGCCGACGAGACGAUAAUCAAGCCCGUGGCAAUCCUUCCCGACCAAAUCUCGCUACUGGUCCGCAAUCUCCAGCCCAUCCUCCUGAUCUCGCUCCUCCCCGUCUUCUUCAACAGACUAGUUCAGGAUCCAGCGAGCACACUACUUGCACUGGCCCCGACCGUCGCGCUCAUUCAGGCACUCUAUUGCAUCUGCUGUCUUCCUUCAACUGGACAGAGCGUCUCCUCCUCCACGACUACUAAGCCUGGACAAAAGAAGAAGACGACGGGGAAACACACGCAGGAUCUUGCGGCUCGUUUGGUUCCCGCCUUCCUCUCCUUCCUCCUAACACUAACCCUCUCAACCCCCCUCUUCUACAUCCUAUCCCUCCUCUUCGGCGCCCCACUCCUAACCCACACCCACCAAACCUCGCUCCUAGCCCUCCACCUAGCCCUCCUCACCACCCCUCAACUCUUCUACGUCCACGGCCUAGAUUCCACCACAUGGCUCCGAUUAGCAAGUCUCCAACAACCUCUUGAUGAAAUUUAUGGACAGGCUUUGGGGGCUUUGCUGGGGGGUUGGUUGGGUGCUAUUCCUAUUCCGUUGGAUUGGGAUCGGGAGUGGCAGAGGUGGCCGGUUACUGUUAUUUUGGGAGUGUAUAUUGGUGCUGUGGGGGGGAAAGUUUUGGGGGGGUAUUUGUGCAAGGGGGUCAGGAUGAGGAUUACUUGA